CAAUUCUGACGUCGCGGACACCAAAUUUCAGAUUUUAGUAUCACACCUCAAGACGCAGUCGUGACAGCGCAUGGGCUCGUUUAUUCUUGCUCUGAUAAACGGACUUCAUUCCUCUCAAGUAUGCCUUGACCAACCCUUACAAUGGGAGGUUCCAAGGUUUGGAAUCAAUGAUAUACUUUUCAUCCAUUCUCCACGUGCUGAGGUGAUCAUCUUGAGCAUCGAGCUCAAUUGCCGUGCACCAUGGCCGAUCUUAUUCAUAUCAUCAAAAAGCUGAUACCUUUUGCAACACCGGAUACUCCACUCAUCCAAAAUCUGCUCUACUGCGCCGCCAUUGGAGCAUGCGCAUUGGUAUUACUGAUCGAGCGGUAUCAAAAUCACGUGCGGGAGCGCGAGGAAUUUCUUUCAGAUACCUCGCUUCACCACCAAGGCGACCAAGAGACACUACUUGAUCGAGAUGCAAACCUCGAAGAUGAGAUCGAGCACGUGGAGCAAGAAGCAGCCGAAGACGAGGAUGGCAACAGCGACGACAAUUCUGAGAUCGAACAUGAACGCGAGUUUCUGCGGGACGGCGAGCAGCCGGCAGCAAAUGCCUUUCAAGCGGGCGCUGCUGGUCGACAGGUAGACAAUUUCGACCCUGGCGAAGGACCAGCCAAUGCUGCUGAUAGACCCACACCAGCACAGCGUGCCGUUGGUGCAAAGAAAGCGAAAUCCCUCGCGCGCAAGGACCAACGCCGUGCUUAUCAAGAAUUCUUACGAAGUCAGGGCGAUGCUCAGCGAGCCCAGGAUGCAUCGACCGCUGCAGAACGCGAAGCUGCACUCAAGUUGGACCAGCUCAAACGGGCAGCAGCCGAGGCUGAGAUUGAAUUGCGCAAAGCACGCGAGCGCGAAGCACGACGUGACGCUGAGGUGCGCGAACGGGAGUACGAGGCGCGUAGACGAUCGGAGCCGGUAACGAUUGUGCGGCGAGAGCUUGCAGAGAGAGGCAUGUGCAAUUUGUGGUCGGUGAUUGAAAUCAUGGAAAGGGAAGGCUUCGACCUGGAUAUAGAGUUUGUGGAAAAGUUGUUGAAGCUCGCCGGCGUGCUAGGCAAACCCGCAUUCACGGACGACGGAGCUACGACUAUUCUGACGAGCAAGGGCUGGGUAGUGCGCGUCACAACACAAGAUAUGAAAGAGGCGUAUCAGAUUGCGGCUGAUCAGCAUUGCGACCAAGAGAAAGGAGUUGUGCCGUUACAAAGUUUAGCAGAUGCCUUGGAUAUGGUACUCCAACAAGGAUCAUAGAAACAUGUCGUGAGCCUUUCAGCAUACUCGACCCACUGAAAAAUGGGCAUAUCAUCUUGCGUGCGCGCUGCUUGUGUUAUAUCUCAACGCCCAGCAUGUAGCCACACGAGUGGGUUACCCACGCCAUAAAUGCCGAUCCACCGACGAGCCGAGGUUGGCAGGGCAAGUGCUAGCCAGCAGCAUGCUGAUUUGUCACCGGAGAAGUCAGCUUGCCUACUCUGGAGGCAGCCCAAAUCCGGUGAAAUGGUCCAAAAGGGAGAUCAAUUACUCAUCAGGAAGGCCAUCAUGUGAUCAGUCAUCAGGAUAUGGCAAGUCUAGACCCGAAGUUCAUGACACGUCUCCCGGAAUGCCCACCAUCAAAAACUCGAGGCA